UGACCGACCAAGCAUAAGCCAUUGAUCGACACAUUCACUUGAAAAACGUUUAUUGUAUGAUCAACCGUGUCUGAUGGUCCACCUCUUCAUUUUAUUCUGCUCCCUCGUAGGCCUACUACCAGCGGCUGCCCGUCUCGAGACCAUCACCUGCGACAUCUGCAUCCUCGGAGGCGGAAGCUCAGGAACAUACAGCGCCAUCCAACUAAAAGAUGCCGGGAAGCACGUGGUAGUAAUAGAGCCCAACAACCGGCUCGGAGGACACGCAGAGACGCUAUACCUACCAGAUGGCAACUACGUCGACUACGGCGUCGAAGGCGUCUUCAACAACGAGCUCUCCCGUAAGUAUUUCCGCCGACUCGGAGUAGACUGGAAGCCACUACUCCCACUAAACAAACGAACCGACUUCGUCGACUUCUCGACCGGCGAACGCGUCGACCCACCAGCAGGAAUCUUACAAGCCCUGGUAUCAACAUUCAUUUACCGCUCAUCCAUAAAGCACUGGACAUUCCUCACAAGAGGGGUAUACGACCUUCCCGACCCCGUACCAGAAGAUCUCCUCCGUCCAUUUCGCGAAUUCAUCGAAGAACAUGCCCUCGAAGCUGCCCUGCAUUUGGUAUUUCUUUUCUCUCAGAAUGUAGGAAACCUUCUCGACAUGCCCACUCUCUAUGCGAUUCAGAACUUCGGAGUCCCGCACGUUGACGCUCUCAUUCAUGGAUACAUCACACCGAAAAACGGCAUGUAUGAACUGUACAAACAAGCAACGGAAAUACUCGGAUCGGACGUGCUGUUCCAGACAAACGUGAUUGCAACAAACCGGUCUGAUUCCGGAGUGGAGGUAACAGUUCAGCAUGCGAACGGGACUCGAAAACUCAUUCAAGCCAGAAAUUUACUUAUAACCUUUCCUCCGCUCAUGCAAAAACUUCAAGGCUUCGAUUUGGAUGAAACAGAAACGGAACUCUUCGAAAAAUGGUUCUGGAGAACAUACUACGUCGCCGUGGUUAAUAAUACCGGUAUCCCGGACAAGUUGUGGGUCACUAAUACCGAUCCGACAAACGGACUGGGGUCUUUACCUCGCAUGCCAUUCGACUUUCUACUGCAGUAUAUGGGAGCGCCGGGACAUUCAACGAGCAAGUUAGUCGGCGAUAUGAACUUCACCGCCGAAGACGCGAGAGACCUUAUCGCGGCGGAUUUUGCGCGGAUGAAAGCCAAGGGGACGUUUCCGAUCCAGGAUCCUCAGAUCGUGGUGUUUGGGGAUAGUUCGCCGGAAACCUUGAUGGUGUCGCCGGAGGAGAUCCGUAAUGGAUUCUAUCGCAAGUUAUAUGCGUUGCAGGGGCGGAGGAGUACGUAUUAUACGGGAUUGACGUUUUGUUCGGACUUUUCGUCGUUGAUAUGGGCGUAUACUGAAACGGUUUUGGAGAGUAUGAGUUGGGAUGUGUAGGAUUAUGCUCGUAUAUAUUAU